CUUUGCCCUGGAGGGAACAGUUACAGGAAGAGAAAGACCGGAGCGCUGUGUAGUCAGUCAGACCGGAGCGCUGUGUAAGAGGAGGGUAACAUGGAUCAAUCGAAGAGAAGCAGUGAAGUCCAACCCCCACCGCCCUACUCUCAGGACGAUGGUCAACAGAACCCCUACGGCCAACAGAACCCCGAUGGCCAAAACAACAACAGUUCUCCCCACUAUGGUCUGAGCGUUGGCCCUGGCAACAUAGCGGUGGUCUCCCCAGCGGGUCAGUAUAACGACAUGGGUCAGGGUCAUCCCGAGGACCAGCAACAACAAUGGGCUCCUCCACUACCACCUGACUAUUCCACCGGGCUGGAGGACACCGGAUGCUUUGAUGACAAAGCUAUAAGAAGAGGCUUUAUAAAGAAGGUGUACCUGACUCUGAUGAUUCAGCUUCUACUCACCUUUGGGAUCAUCUGUGCCUUUCUGUAUUGGGAGGCUCUAAGGGUCUGGUCUAUGAACACCUACUGGUUUUCCUACUGCAUGAUAGCAGUGGUGCUCGUCAUCAUCGUUGCCUUGUCCUGUUGUGCCGAUGUACGUCGGAAGGUCCCGCUCAAUUUCCUAGCCUUGGGACUGUUUACCAUUGCAGAAGGUCUCCUGCUGGGCUCUGUGACUGUGUUCUAUGAGGCGGAAGCUGUGAUGUGGGCUGUGGGCGCCACAGCACUGGUCUCCCUGGCUCUGAGUGUCUUCGCCAUGCAGUCCAGAUGGGACUUCACCUUAGCCAGUGGAGGCUUGUGGGUGUUCUGCUGGACUCUCAUAUCCUUUGCAUUGUUGUGUGGAAUCAUGCGAUCCCAGUAUCUGUACAUUGUGUACGCUUGCCUGGGAACCUUGCUAUUUUCUUUGUACCUGGUGAUGGACACCCAGCUCAUCCUGGGCGGGAACCACAAAUACAGCAUUUCACCAGAGGAGUAUGUCUUUGCUGCUCUCAACCUGUACCUGGACAUUGUCUCUCUGUUCACCAUGCUGCUGUCGCUCAUUGGACUCUGCCGUUAACUUAAUACGUUGUUUUACGACGUCAGAUAGCGCAACAAGCCACCUGCCCUGAUGUAGUUGAGGGACGAGCGUGGAGUAGGAAUAAGGAUAAUGCCUUUUAAUAAAUCUAUUCAAAUCAAAUGUAUUGGUCACAUAUAUACGUAUUUAGAAGAUGUUAUUGCGGGUGGGGCGAAAUGCUUGUGUUCCUAGCUCCAACAGUGGAUCGGCAUCAAAGAUUCAACCAAAGAAAGCACUUCCUGGUUUCGUAUUCUUUGAUGUAUAAAUUAUUGACAUUCCAUGUUAUGCAACUUAAUACCUUCAGAAAGUAUUCACACCCCUUGAAUUUUUCCACAUGUUGUUGUGUUACAGUCUGAAUUUAAAAUGGAUAAAUUGUCAUUUAAAUGUCACCGGCCUACACACAAUACCCCAUAAUGUCAAAGUGGAAUUGUGUUUUUAGAAAUGUUUACUUAUUAAAUAAAAAGGAACAGCAAAAGG